AGUCGCGGUUGUCGUGACAGCGUGUCGCCAUUACUGCUAUUCUUUACGCUUACUUCGUGUUGCUAGCUGCACGCAGAUGUCAAUUGCUUCGUUCAGUUCGUAAGUAGUGAGCACUGGUUGAAGAAGCUCAUGUCAGAUGGCAAUAUCUUUCUCUCCCCUGUCUCCCGACCCUGGCUAUGAGCACACAACUGUCUUCUACCCAAAGGGAAGAUCACGAGACCCCACCCCCAAGGGUCGUUUGAGACCGGAAGGGAGGGCCAUAGCAGAGAGUCAUAGUCAGGGAACCAUAGCCAGACUGCUCCAGGAGGGAGGGGACUUCUCUCGUCCUCCUCAUGCCAGGAAACCCCCACAGCCCAAGGACCACAGCAGAGCCAAUCGUGGGAGGAUUCGGCAGCUGGCUGAGAGAGGUCGCAGGAAGAGAGAGGAGGUUGAUUCAUCUGCCCCUCCCCUCCCCUCCUCCUCCUCCGCUGGGAAAUUCUCCCAUGUCCCAUCCAAAGUCUGCUCCAACCUGGAGCCCCGUCCCAAUACUGCCCAGCCUCGUCCCAAUACUGCCCAGCCCCGUCCCAAUACUGCCCAGCCCCGUCCCAAUACUGCCCAGCCCCCUCGAUCACCCCCUCCUCCCUCCUCCAACCAAACAACGAACCACCUGGCGGCCAAUAUCAGGGCUGCCAGUGCUCAGAGUGUGAGACGGGGGGGCGUGCAACAGGAGAGACUGGCCCAGCUCCAGAGAAAGAGAGACGAGGACUUCUCCCAUCAUCAGAAGGGGAAAUUACCUCAGUAUCUGGUGUCCAGGAGACUACAGUGGAAGAAGGCAGAGGAGGAGAGACUGGCCAAUAGACCAGACCCCUCUGUGCCUCCUGGUCACACCCUCAUGUCCAGCAAGGAGAGACGACACACUCUGGAUGUCCUUACUCAGCACCAGUCAGUCCUGACCCGGGAGCUAGCCUCCCUCCCACUCUCCACUGACACACUCAAACACAGGCUCAAGAGAGCUGAACUGGAGAACAAACUGACUGAAAUCGAAGACGCCCUGAAAAUUUUCUCCAGACCUAAAGUGUUUGUCAAAAGCGAUGUCUAGCAAGCAGCAAAUCCGUGUCUUAUAGUGUGUAUAAUGCUCAGAGCUUUACCUUAUCACUCAGUCAGUUUAUUAACUUGUCACACGUGUCCUAACCUUGUGUAAAGAGUGUUGCAUAACAGAAAUGUGUUGAAGUCUGAUGCCUAUUAUUGC